AUGGAAAACACAAGUGUAGAAAUGGAAGUAGACGAACCUCAAAAUAAUGUUUUAGCUACAAAUGUUACGGGCAGUGUGUCGAUAUCUUUACAUCCACUUGUCAUUCUUAAUAUAUCUGAACACUGGACUCGUUUAACGGCUCAAGUUGGUAGUUCAGUUCCUUCAAUCGGGGCAUUGAUCGGUAAACAAAAGGAUCGAACUCUUGAAAUAAUGAACUCGUUUGAAUUGUCAUAUACCCUACUUGAAGAUAAUGUGACUAUGGUUAUUGAUAGAGAUUACUACAACUCUAAAGAAGAACAAUUCAAGCAGGUGUUUUGUGACUUGGACUUUCUUGGAUGGUACAUAACUGGUACUGGUUCAGAUAAACCGACAUUUCGGGAUAUUGAUGUACAUAAGCAAAUCAUAAAUAUUGCUGAAAGUCCCAUAUUUUUGAAAAUGGAUCCUCAUGGUGGACAUACUGAUCUGCCAGUCAAAGUAUAUGAAUCCAUUAUUGAUAUAAUGAAUGGAGUGCCAAAAAUGUUAUUUGUUGAAUUAACAUACACCUUAUCUACUGAAGAUGCAGAGCGUAUUGGUGUUGAUCAUGUUGCACGAAUGUCAAGCAAUGAUGCACAAGAAAAUAGUUUGGUCGCUGAAACAUUAACUGUUCAGUUUAAUGCUAUCAAGAUGCUCCAUAGUAGAGUUAAAAUGUUACUCCAGUAUUUGAAGGAAGUAAAGAAAACUGAUGAAUCAGUAAAUAACGAAUUAUUGAGGGAAUUCGUUUCUUUGUGUCAUCGACUGCCAGUUAUGGAAUCUGGAGAGUUUUACAGGGAUUUGUAUACACAUUGUAAUGAUGUAGCACUGAUUGCUUACUUGGGAGUUUUGACAAAAUGUAGUAAUGAAGUAAAUGAUUACUGUAACAAGUUUAAUGCACUUUAUGACCGUCAAGUGGUUGGUAGAAAAGUUAAGGCUUUGUUUUUAUAA